AUGGCAGCUGUAUACACACUGCUGGUGUUACUCCUGGCAGUUUUUGUUGCUGGAUUUAUUCUGCUGGUCAUGGGGGCAAUUCAUUUUGACUUCUCCAACUCGGAAAUUCCUCCUGGAGUGAACCAGCCUGUGAAGCUCCGAAUCAUGCACGUAAUUUUAAUCAGCAGAGCCGUGGUGGGAAAGAUUCUGGAGAACAUUGGCAUCUGCAGUCAGGUCAGCUUCGUCCGGUACCUGCAAGGUAGAAAGACCCUAGGCGCGGACCCGAAGCUCUUCAUCAAGGACCUGUGCUUUGAGCAAGUGCCUGUAAGGGUUUACCAGCCUAAGGCUCCAGCUGCCAGCCAAAGGAGGGGAGUUGUGUUUUUCCACGGAGGAGGAUGGAUGUUUGGAAGUCUUGAGACCCAUGAAAAGCUGUGCCGCUUCAUUGCCAGAGAAAGCCAGUCAGUGGUUGUCUCUGUUGGGUAUCGUUUGGCUCCUGAACACAAAUACCCUGCGGCCUAUGAAGACUGUCUUAACGCCACCAUACACUUCAUGAAGAACACAGAGCACUAUGGGGUGGAUCCUGCCCGUCUAAUUGUCUGCGGGGCCAGCGCUGGGGGCAAUCUAGCAGCUGCUGUCAGCCAGACCCUGGCAGGUAGAUCAGACCUCCCCAAACUGCGUGCUCAGGUCUUGAUCCAGUCUCUGUGCUUAAAUUUCCCAUCCUAUCAGCAGAAUCGAGGAGUCCCUCUCUUAUUCCGAGAACGUGCCGCCUUCUAUGUGUUACAGUACCUGAAUGGGGAUGCAUGCAAACUGGAAGAGGUCUUGGAGGGUUCUCAUAUUCCUAUAGAUCUUAAAUUAAAUUAUAGGAAGUGGGUGAGUCCAGAUAACAUCCCCGAAAAAUUUAAGGUCAGAGGCUACAAACCCCAUGUGCUACUUGACUGUACAACUGAAGCGUAUGAGAGGGUGAAAAGGUUCUGUGAGCCCAACCUGUGCCCGCUGUUGGCCGAAGAUGCUGUUGUGCAGCAGGUGCCCGAGUCUUUCAUCCUGACCUGUGAGUACGAUGUGCUGAGGGUCUACAAGAAGCGGCUGUAGGACAACGGUGUUCGAGUGACCUGGUACCACCUCGAGGAUGGAUUCCAUGGAAUCCUAAAUUCAUUUAGUAGUGACUGGUUGUCAUUUCCAUCUGGGAAAAGGGGUCUGGACAGUAUCGUGAACUUCCUAAAAAGCUUAUAG